CAGCGGAAGUGGCGGGGGCGGUGCCAUGACAAAAGAACUCCUCCCGGAGAAUCCCACUGCGAGGUCCUCAGGAUUGGCUCAGAGUUGUGCCGCGACGCCUCCCAUAUUCUGCCUCCGAAACUUGAAGCUGGGUGUGGGCAACUCACCUGAGGAAAUGCAUCUGACUCAUUAGCAUGGAUUUAUAUUGUUUGGGGAUGGAGAAUCUUCAGCUGCCUUAAGUUUCUGUUACCGUCAGUUUCUGAGAUGGCUUCUUUGCAAAGGAAAGGGCUGCAGGCAAGGAUUCUCAGCUCUGAAGAAGAGGAGAAACUGAAAAGAGACCAAACUUUGGUGUCUGAUUUUAAACAGCAAAAAUUGGAACAAGAGGCUCAGAAAAACUGGGAUCUUUUUUACAAAAGAAAUAGCACUAAUUUCUUCAAAGAUAGACACUGGACCACCAGAGAGUUUAAGGAGCUAAGAUCAUGUAGAGAGUUUGAAGAUCAAAAGUUAACAAUGCUUGAAGCUGGCUGUGGAGUUGGAAACUGUUUAUUCCCACUUUUAGAAGAAGAUCCGAAUAUCUUUGCCUACGCCUGUGAUUUUUCUCCAAGAGCAGUUGAAUAUGUUGAGCAAAAUCCUUUAUAUGACACAGAAAGAUGCAAGGUAUUCCAGUGUGAUCUGACAAAAGAUGAUCUUCUGGAUCAUGUACCACCAGAAUCUGUGGAUGUUGUUUUGUUGAUAUUUGUGCUCUCAGCUAUUCAUCCUGAUAAGAUGCACCUUGUCUUACAAAACAUUUACAAGGUAUUAAAACCAGGAAAAAGUGUCUUGUUUCGUGACUACGGGCUGUAUGAUCAUGCCAUGCUUAGGUUUAAAGCUGGCAGCAAACUUGGAGAAAACUUUUAUGUUAGACAAGAUGGGACCAGAUCAUAUUUUUUUACUGAUGAAGAGGAAGAUGCACCAGGGAUGCCAUACACACAAGGACGCAGCAGGAAGGAGACCAUGCACGUCUCAGAGAGAGGCCUAAGGAGAAGCCAAACCUGCCUUGAUCUUGGACUUCAGCCUCCAGAAUUGUGAGAAAACAAAUUUCUGUUGUUAAAGGCAUUUUGUCAUGGCGGCUCCAGCUGACCAAUCUAGCUCCUGGCCUGAGUGUGGAACGGCGGCGCCUCUGGGCUUCUCGGCUCCUCGGCUUGAGCAGAAUUUUCUGACUUCCUAGAGGAGGUACUCAGCUUCUUUCAGCUGUUCCUCUGAGGCAGGAGAGCAAAUUCUCCUCUGGGCUAGUUUUGUUGAGAAAACCAGAGGAAAAAAGUCUCUUCCAGAUGGAAUUUGUGACACCCCCAGUACUGCUGAUUAUUCUUGGUGGGACAUGUCGGAAUUCUAAAACUUCACCUUCAGGUACCACAUUCUUGCCUGUUCACUUCCUCCUAGUAACUAUACCUAGAGAUUGUCUAUGGCUUUUCCUGCCUGUCCACAUUCUCUUAUUUUUUUUGGAGAUGGGGGUCUCACUAUUUUGCUCAGGCUGGUCUCAAACUCCUAGGCUCAAGGUGAUCCUCCCAUGUUGGCCUCCCAAAGUGCUGAGAUUACAGACGUGAGUCAUCACACCCAGCCCACAUUCUCCUCUAGAACUCAGGGGCUAGAAGCUUGGAAACUGCAUUUCCCAAACUUCCUGGUCAGCUGGGUUCCUUGCCAGGUAAGUUCUGCUAGUGGAAGGCACUUAUGUGAAGUUGGUUGGAAGGUGGGAGGGAGAGGCCGUUUUUUUCUGUUUAUGAUGUUUAUCAGUGGGUAUGGUAGGCAGCUGUGGGCCCUGCAAUGCUAGGGUGCAGGGGUGAGGGCAGCAGGGGUGGCUCUGGUGGCUGUUGCAAUAGCACAAACAGGUGAACGCUUGGCUUCCUGCCCAGUGGGAAAGGCGGUGAUCAUCAUGAUAGUGGAAGUAUCAGCAACGCUACAGAUGCAUUUAUUGUGAGUAAGCUCAUGCUCACGGGCUCUGGGUGAAAACUGUUCUCUUUUUUGUCUCUCUAGCCCAGUGUGGGGUUCCAGAAGCUUCCUACAAUCAUUGGUUGGUUUUUUUUUUUUUUUUAGAUGGAGUCUCACUUUGUUGCCCAGGCUGGAGUACAGUGGUAUGAUCUUGGCUCACUGCAACCUUUGUCUCCCAGAUUUCAAACAAUUUUCCUGCCUCAGCCUUCUGAGUAGCUGGGAUUACAGGCACCCACCACUACACCCAGCUAAUUUUUUUUAUUUUUAUUUUUAUUUUUUUUAGUAGAGAUGGGGUUUCACCAUGUUUUCCAGGCUGGUCUUAAAUUCCUGACCUUGUGAUUCACCCACCUCUGCUUCCCAAAGUGCUGGGAUUACAGGCUUGAGCCACUGCGCUCGGCCUCGUUGGUUUCUUAACAGCAUCACUUUCCCCCAGGGCUGUGGAGAAAAGCUGUGAACAUCACAAAAUGGUCUGAAUAUAGAAGACCUUGAGUGCCAGGUAAGCACCAUCCUGCACAUCGUUCACAUCCAGUGACUGUGCUUGAAUUAUUGAAUUGAGGAGGUGUGGUAGUAAAAAGGGGUGAUAUACCCUCUAUCUCUGAUUGGAUGCCUAGACGCCCUGGUUCUAGUCAUAACCUCUCCACUCUGCAUGGGUGAAUGAUGUGCCUCUCUGGGCCUCAGUUUCUCCAUGUGUAAAAUACUGUGAUUGAAUCACAUAGUUGUUAAGCAUAGUCCAGCUCUGAAAGGAUUCCGGGAUUAGCUCUGUAGUAAAGAGUCUUCUGGAGUCAGCAACAACUUAACAGCAGGUGAAAUAACUGCUGUAAUUGAAGGUCAUUGACUGAAUGUUUGUCACCGCCCACCCCCCUAGCCAAAUUCACAUGGUGAAGCCCUAACCCCCAGUGUGGCCGUAUCUGGAAAUAAGGCUUUGAAGGAAGUAAUUAAGGUCAAAUGAGAUGAAGUCACAAGGAUGGGCCCUGAUCUGGUAGGAGUAGUGUCCUACCAGAGUGGAAGGGGUCAGGCACAGUGGCUCACACCUGUAAUCCCAGCACUUUGGGAGGCCAAGGUGAGCAGAUCACUUGAGGUCAGCAGUUUGAGACCAGCCUGGCUGAUAUGGUGGACCAGUGUCUCUACUAAAUUAAAAAAUUAGUUGAGUGUGGUGGUAGGCAUGGUGGCGGGCACCUGUAAUCCCAGCUACUCAGGAGGCGGAGGCAGGAGAAUCACUUGAACAUAGGAGGCGGAGGUUGCAGUGAGCCAAGAUUGCGCCACUGCAUUCCAGCCUGGGCAACAGAGCGAGACUCCGUCUCAAACAAAAACAAAAAGUAGAAGAGACACGAGAUCUUUCCCUGCUCGUGCAUUCAGAAGAAAUGCCAUGUGAGGAAAUAGUGAGAAGGUGGCCAUCUGCAAGCCAGGCAGGGAGUCCUCACCAGAAACUGAACCCUGCUGGAACCUAGAGCCAGUGGAAAAAAAAAUAAGUAUCUGUGGGACAGUUGGCCCACAGAUAUUUGGUUUGGUUGACUUAAUUUCUUUCUUUCUUUUGUUUUUUUAGAUGGAGUUUUGGUCUUGUUACCCAGGUUGGAGUGCAGUGGUGUGAUCUCAGCUCACCGCAACCUUUGCCUCCUGGGUUCAAGUGAUUCUCCUGCCUCAGCCUCUGGAGUAGCUGGGAUUAUAGGCAUGUGCCACCAUGCUCAGCUAAUUUUGUAUUUUUUGUAGAGAUCGGGUUUCUCCCUGUUGGUCAGGCUGGUCUCAAACUCCUGACCUCAGGUGAUCUGCCCGCCUCAGCCUCCCAAAGUUUGAAAUUAUAGGCAUGAGCCACCAUGCCCGGCCAAUUUCCUUUUUUUUUUUUUAAGAGGCAGGGUCUCACUGUUGCUCAGGGUAGAGUGCAGUGGUGUGACCUUGGCUCACUGCAACUUGACCUUCUGGGCUUAAGCAAUCCUCCCAUCUCAGCCUCCCAAGUAACUGGGACUACUACUGGCAAGCCGGUGCCACUGCACCCGGCUAAUGUUUUGCAUUUUUUGGUAGAGAUGAGGUUUUGCCAUGUUGUCCAGGCUGGUCUCCAACUUUUGGGCUCAAGCAGUCUGCCCACCUCAGCCUCCCAAAGUGUUGGGAUUACAGGUGUGAGCCACUGCACCUGACAAAUAUUUUUUUGAAAUUUGAAUUUGAACGCUUAAAAAUUGCAGAUGUGAGAGAAUUUAAAAGAAUAGUAAGAAGUUACUGAAUAUCACUCUGACAGCAUAUUUGAAAACCAAGAGAAACAGAUUUCUUACAAAACAUAUAAUACCAGAAUUGACAGAGGAAAAUUUAAAAAGACUAAGUUCUACAUAAGAGAUGGAAAGGUGUAAUAAGAUUGGAUGCUAAAAAAAGUACCAGGAUGAAAUGGCUGAAUAGCUGAGUUUGAUGUACCUUUAAAGCAUGGAUAAUUACAGUGUUAACUGAAAUCCUUGCUACCCCAGUUGUGGUCCAUGGACCAGCAGCAGCAGUGGCAUCGCUGGGAACUUGUUGGAAAUGCAGAAUCUCAGGCUCGCCCCAGACCUACUAAAUUAGACUCUGCAUACUAACAGGAUCCCUAGAUGAUCUGCGCGCACGUUGAUGUUUGACAAGCACUGGCCUAGGCCACUAGUUCUCAACCCUGGCUGUACACGGGAAUCACCUAUGGAGUGUUUAAAAAGUACUAGUAUUUGGGUUCCAGCUUCAGAGGUUCUGAUUAUCCGUCAGGUACAUGGCAUAGGCAUCUGCAUUUUACAAUACUCCCUAGGUAAUUAAGAAGCAGAGACUUAAACUGGACCAUACGAAAAUUAGGAAAGGCUUUAAGAAAUAAAGCUGGCGAACAAUGUAACACAGUAAUUACAGUAACAUAUUGCUGUAAAAUACAGCAAUGAAAAAAUAAUACAACAAGAUCAAGCACAGUUUAUUCCAGGAGUACAAGCAGUAGCAUGCUGGAUUCACAACUAGCUCUCUGAGAAGGAAGAAAACAGCCCCAAUUUAUAGCAUUUGCCAGUUCCCAUGGCGUAAACACUCCCAUCACAGCCAAUUUUAAGCUACCAGCAUGACAUCAAUGACUUUAAAAAGUUCCUGAAAAUUUAAUAAUUGGCUGUCACCUGGUAAGAGCCAGCUAUAGCACACCACUAGAGGCUGAUUCAAAAUUGGGAAAUUCACCAACGAAUCCAUUCUGUUAAUACAUUAAAGAAGUAAAACCAGGCCAGGCGUGGUGGCUCAUGUCUGUAAUCCCAACACUUUGGGAGGUUAAGUGGGAGGAUCACUUGAGCUCAGGAAUUUGAGACCAGCCUACGCAACAUAGGGAGACCUCACCUCUACAAAAAAAUAAAAUAAUUUAGCCAGGUGUCAUACUGUGUGCCUGUAGUCCUAGCUUCUCAGGGGGCUGAGGCAGGGGCAUGCUUGAGGCUGCAGCGAGCUGUGAUUGUGCCAUUACGUUCAAGGCUGGGUGACAGAGUGACACCUUGUCUCAAAAAAAAAAAGUAAAACCACAUUAUCAUAUCACAAAUGUUUAGGAUUUGAUGCCUUCUGUAGGCUGGCUCUCCACUUCAGCACAGGCAUCGUCAUGCUGUAUUGUUUUUCACCCAGCUGGCUGCACCUAUUCCCUGACCCCGCUGGUCCCUACAGCAUGUGAGUUUGUGGCACCUGCUUUACUGCCAAGUCUAACCUAGUCUUAUCCCCCAGUAUUCCAGGCAAGGCCUAGACUCGAUCAUGACCUUUGUAGGUAGAUGACGAAGAUGUUAUCGUCACCUCCUCAUCUUUCAGCAAGCAGAGCUGGCAGAGGAAACGGUGCUACUUCCUUAAUCCAUGGAUAUGCUGCUUUAGACAAGUUUGCCCUUUCUCAACUCUGAAAGGAACGGAAGAGAGGAGGCAGGGGCCCACCUAGCGUGCCUGGGAAACACAGGGAUGGGUUUCCUGCUCCUGCAAAUGUUCUUGGCAUGCCUUUAGAUCCCCCAUGGUUCACCUACUCUGCCCUGCGUUUCCUUACUUCCUUGGCUUGCUCAUGCCAGUUUCUCCUGGAAUGCUGAGUCUCUAAAUCUUUCCAGUAAGUUCCCAUUUUGUUUAGACAUCUAGCGUCAAUUUUCGUUGCUACCAGACUGGACUGUGACGAAGCAAGUGUGGAAGCAGGGGUCUGGCUAGGAGGCUACCGCUGAGGCCAGAGACGGCGAGCCGCAGCGAACCAUCUGGUGAUGCCAGGCUGUGCUUACUCAUCGAAGUCAUUCCUCAAAGACAUCUCCACCGUCAGAACCUAUCGCUGCAACCCGAUACACAGCAAUUACUUGCCAGAAAAAAAUCAUUUAUGCUGAGACAAUAGUAAUUACAGGGCAACCCCUCUCAUGCCUUCCUUGCUAACUCCUGACUGCCCUAACAAUUAACUCCUACAUGCAAGUGAUCUGCUCAGCCCACCUGCUCUUGCAUUAUGGUAUGCUUGAAUUUCUCAAGGCCAGUGCUGCUCUCGUGCAUGACCCCCUCCCUCAGUAUGGCAGACUUUCAUGACAAACUAUUAUACAGUGUCAGAGGUGUGGGGAUCAGAUAGAUUCAUGGAGGUAAGUUUCACAUAUUACGGCCUGUUUGAUUCCUUUGACGUAACUUAUCUCAGAUCCUUUGCUAGUCUAGAGAAAUGUUUUCACUCAUUCAUGUAUUCAUUUAUUCAUCCAAUAGACAAUUGGUGGAUUCCCACUUUGUGCUACAUCCUAUGAUGGGUAGGAGCUGGAGAUACUGAGGCAAAAGUCAAGACCAUACUCUCCAGUGGGGAGUGGCUAUCUGCACAUUUCCUCAUGAGUGGCUCUUCAGUGGGCAUCAACGCCACCCUUAGUUUGUAGACCACAGAACUUUACUUCCUUUCUCUUAAAAGGAAGCAAAAAUUUACACUGAUUAUUUUCUCUGUGUCAGAUACUAAUUAAGAUGCUUCUACAUACCUCACCUCCUUCCGUUUUCACAGCAGCCUGGGAAAUGGUUGUUCUGCUUUUCAUCGAUGAGUAUAUUAAGACUGGGAGAGGUUACAUGGUUGGCCUAGUGUUAUCUAGUCAGUAGGAGAGCUAGGACUGAAAGCGGUCUGCAUGACUCAAAAAUCCAUUCUCUUUCCCCAGCUCCAUAGCCUAAAUUUACAGAGGUAGAUCAAACUCAAACAGAAGAGAAGGGGGGGUGCAGUGGCUCAUUCCUGUAAUCCCAACAUUUAGGGAGGCAAAGGCAGAAGGUUUGCUUGAGCCCAGGAGCCUGAGACCAGCCUGGGCAACAUGCAAAACCCUGUCUCUACAAACAAUACAAAAAUUGGCUGGACAUGGAGGCACAUGCCUGUAGUCCCAGCUAUUUGGGAGGCUGAGGUGGGAGGACUGCUUACGCCCAGGAGGUGGAGGUUGCAGUGAGACCCUGUUCUCCAUAAAAAGAAAAAGAAAAAGAGAAAAAUGAACAACAGAAGGGAGGAGCUUGGACACUUGCUCAGCCCUCUUUGGGCAAAGAAGAGAGAGGUCUGUCCUAUAAGGACAAUAAGGAAAUUGCAUGUCAGGGAAGAUAAAGUCUCAACAAUGAAAAAAUUAUGAAAAUAAUCAACACAAAGGAACAUGAUGGAAAACUCCCGACAAGCUCACUUCACAGAAUGAGUCAUCCCCAAAAGGAUUUGGAGAAAGGUUAGAAAACGGAUAGGCUUUAAGUGAUGACAAAGUGUGUCUGAGGGGAAACAAAAUGGAAUCCUUGUUCAUCUGAACUCCUUACUGGAGGCAGAGUCUUGCCUGAAGCUGCGUAUUUAGUAUGCAGCAGCCUGGAGGAGGUAGGAGGCUUCCUUUUUUUUCCUUCAAAUUUUACAUUUGUUGAUUUAAAAAAAAAUUUGUUGUUUGUUUGAGACAGAUUCACACUCUGAUGCCCAGGCUGGAGUGCAGUGUUGGGAUCGCAGGAUACCGCAGCCUCCACCUCCUGGCCUCAAGCCAUCCUCCCACCUCAGCCUCCUGAGUAGCUGGGACUACAGUCACGUGCCACUAUGCCUGACUAAUUUAAAAAAAAAUUAUAGGCUGAACAUGGUGGCUCAUGCCUGUAAUCCCAGCACUUUGAGAGGCCAAGAUGGAUGGAUCGCUUCAGGCCAGGAGUUUGAGACCAGCCUGGUCAACAUAGUGAGACUCCAUCUCUAGUAAAAAAAAAAAAAUUAUUAAAAAGAAAUAUGUAUAUUUUUGUAAAAACAGAGUCUCACUAUGUUGCCCAGGCUUAUUUGGAACUCCUGGGCUCAAGCAAUCAGGAGGAUUCUCCUGGGGCUUUUAGUUAAAGCCAACCAAAAGCCCUUACCUCCAGGGUCAGGAAGAAGAACCCGCUAGGUUCCUGCAUCUUAGCCUGGGUAUCUGUACCCACGGGAUUAUUGGCAGGCCAGAGGGUAUAAGAAGCCGCAGAAGAAAGAAAACAGGUUGUUAAGGCAUGUCCAUUUUACUUAAAAAUCUGGGCAAAGCCGAUAACAUUAUUUCAAUAUCAUUAAUACAUAUGAAAGAGAUAGCCAGUAAUACAUGAUAUUAAAAAAUAAACACAAGUCUUCCAUUUUGGUGAAGACUGUUACCAGACUCACAAAGACCUGUGGUCAUUAUUGAGACACUCCCUGCAGCUCAUCUCAUACUUGUGUCAAAUGAACUACUCACCCCCCACCCCAAUCAAGGGCUCAGUAUUCUUUUUUUAGAGUCUUGCUCUGUUGUCUAGGUUGGAAUGCAGUGGUGCAAUCCCAGCUCACAGCAACCUCCACCUCCCAGGCUCAAGCAAUCCUCCCACCUCAGCCUCCCAAGUAGCUGGGACCACCGAUACGUGCCACCACACCUGGGUAAUUUUUGUAUUUUUGGUAGAGAUGGUGUUUCACCACGUUGCCCAGGCUGAUCUUGAACUCCUGAGCUCAAGUGAUCUGCCUACCUUGGCCUCCCACUGUUGGGAUUACAGGGUGAGCCGCCGUGCCCAGCCAAGUCCUGGGCUGGGUAUUCUGCCCUAUCCUGUUUAAUAUGAGUAAAAUAGGCCAGGCUCGGGGGCUCACUCCUGUAAUCUCAGCACUUUGGGAGGCUGAGGCUGUUGGAUCAUGAGGUCAGGAGUUUGAGACCAGCCUGGCCAACAUGGUGAAACCCCGUCUCUACUAAAGAUACAAAAAAUUAGCCAGACAUGGUGGCACAUGCCUGUAAUCCCAGCUACUCGGGAGACUGAGGCAGGAAAAUCACUUGAACCUGGGAGGCAGAGAUUGCAGUGAGUCGAGGUCACACCAUUGCACUCCAGCCUGGGCAACAGGGCGGGACUCUGUCAAAAAAAAAAGAUGAAUAAACUAUUGCUCAUGUCGUAGGCCUUAAUAUAUGUUUACAACAACUAUACUAAGAUGUGUAUACUACAGCUAGAGUAGAGGCACGUGGGAAGAGUUAUGGAAGCUCAGAGCGAUUAAUUCUGUCUGGGAUAGGGAGUGUCGGAGAACUUGGAAAACCAUUUCAGCUGAGGGGAAGGGCUCUGCCUUGGAGGCCUCACUCACUGCAGGCAGAAGGGGAAGUGAGCCCCCGAAAUGCAAAGUGCAUGGGACAAGCAGGGAAGCAGGACUUUUGCUGUGACUAGAACGUAGGGAACAUGGGAAGCACUGCUUAGAGGUAAGUGCAUGGUAAACUCAGCUGCUGGCAAUAACGUCAGCAAACCCUGAGAAGGACCCUGUAUGGCAGAUGCACCUGAAUGCAGUUUAGAGUUCCGAGCCAAGGAAUCUAGGGAUGGCCAAUGCAGAGAUUUAUUCUUUAUCUCUAAGGAACAUCUGAGCCCUAGUCUAUCCCAUGGAUCUGGGACAUACAGGGAUCAAGGCCCUUUGUUUUGGGAAUGGGUGAAGGUUGCCAGGUGGAGGUCAUUGAGGGAGGGUGCUAAGUGAAAAUGAUACAUAAACCAUGUGCUUUCUGUAAGUGAUUGAUGGUUCUCUCAUCCAGCCUGCCACCACUGGAUCCUCUUCCCCUGUGUAGAAGGCCCCAGUAAAACCCCAUGUCUCAUUCGCUGGCUCCAGGUCUCUUCUUCCAUCUCUUGAACUUGGGGCUAUCCCCAUUGGAGUGGAUAGGAAUUCGGCAUAACAGUAAGGUUAAUUAUUGGGUUCAGGUCGCACGGGCUUUGAAUAUCAUCUUGGACACCCUACACUUCCUAUCAGGGACAGUGGCUGGUGGGUACAGAAAGAUUUAGAACAGGUGAGAAACACAAACCUGAUUUAGAAAGUGAAUGAAGGUGAGGUCGGGCGCAGUGGCUCACGCCUGUAAUCCCAGCAGUUUGGGAGGUCGAGGCAGGCAGAUCACUCGAGGCUAGGAGUUUGAGAUCAGGCUGGCCAACAUGGCAAAACCCUGUCUCUACUAAAAAUACAAAAAUUAGCUGUGCAUUUUGGCAGGUGCCUGUUAUCCCAGUUACUUGGGAGGCUGAGGCAGGAGAAACCGGGAGGCAGAGGUUGCAGUAAGCCGAGGUGGUGCCACUGCACUCCAGCCUGGGUGACAGAGCAAAAUAGUCUCGGAAACACACACACACACCCCCCAGAAAGUUUAUGAAGGUAGAGGGUGCCUCGUAGUUCAGGUUUCUGGAGCUAGCCAGGGAUGUCUGUCUUGAAAACAUCCAGCCAUUUGGUCAACUCAGCCCAUUCCUGUCAGUGACUAAAGACAGAGAAUUGACACUUCUAUGGAGCCCAUUCUAACAUGUAAUUCCUCCCAUAGAAUGGAUGUAUAUACAGCUGGAUCUUUGGAUAACAGCUCUGAAUUUCACAGGUCUACUUACACGUGACUUUUUACAACCCAUUGUGGAUGGAAAAUAUGGUGUUGACGAGAUGCAAACCCCUGUAAAUGGAAGCCUGUUUGUAUCGGCAGGUUCUGCAGGUCUGACUGCGGAGCUCGAGUGUGCACAGGUUUAGGCAUUUUGGUGUACUCCGGGGUCCUGGAACCAGUUCCCUGUGCAUACCAAAGGAUCACUGUAUUGCUGUGUCACAGUUUGGGGGAAUAUUUCAAUAAGUGCAUUUCUGUAUAAUUGGUUUCCUUUGUAAUCCUAAGCAUUUUCUUUUACGCGCUUAAAAAUACUAUUCUGCCUGGGCCAGUGGUUCAUGCCUGUAAUCCUGACACUUUAAGGGGCCAACGCAGAACUGCCUGAGCCCAGGAGUUUGAGACCAGCCUGGGCAACACAGCCAGACCUUGUCUCUACUAAAAAUAGUAAUAAUGAAAAUAUUAACUGGUUGUGGUGGUGCAUGCCUAUAAUCCCAGCUACUCAGGAGUCUGUGGUGGGAGGGUUGUUUGAGCCUGGGAGGUUGAGGCUACACUUAGCUGUGUUUGUACCACUGCACUCCAGCCUGGGUGAGAGAGCCAAGAAGUUAUCUCAAAAAAAAAAAAGCCAGGCACAGUGGCUCACACCUGUAAUCCUAGCACUCUGGGAGGCCGAGGCAGACAGAUGACGAGGUCAACAGAUUAAGACCAUCCUGUCAAACAUGAUGAAACCUCAUCUCUACUAAAAGUACAAAAAUUAGCUGGGUAUGGUGGUGGGCACCUGUAAUCCCAGCUACUCAGGAGGCUGAGGCAGGAGAAUCACUUGAAUGCAGGAGGUGAAGGUUGCAGUGAGCUGAGAUUGCGCCACUGCACUCCAGCCUGGGCAAAGGAGCAAGACUCCAUUUCAAAAAAAAAAAAAAAAAAAAGUAAAAAUACUAUUCUGGGAAAGCAUCCACUCAUUAUAGAAUUAUUCACUCAGCCACCAAGGAGGUUCAUUGCUCAAAGCCUUCAAGCGUUUGAAGAUACUGUAGAUCAUCUUCUUUCCUUUCUCUACAUGUAGUAACUCCCAAAGUCAAGCAGGCAGCUCUCAAAUACCUCUGACAGGCUCAGUGCUGUGUUCUUGAAUCUGGACACAGGCAUAUGAGGGAAAAAGCCAACGGGAACAGCAAUUGUCUUCCAAGGCCACAGCUGACAGCGCGCUGACACAGUGUGCUUCAGUGGGGCUGUGGCUGAGCUAAACACAACUGUCAGUAAUAAACAAAAGAGACAUGAAACUUAGUUUUGACUUAAUUUGAUUAAAAACAUAACUGAAAGAGGUUUAACCCCAGCCUGGGUUUUUCAACUUCUCCUUCUUCCCCAUCCCUACUAAUCACAGUCUGAUUUUCACUGGGUGAUUCCUGUAGCAAUUUAUGUGUGGUUUAAUCUUUAAGGGUGUUCUUAUGAGAAACUCCAGCCACCCACUCUUCAAAGUCCACAUAUUAUUAAUGGGUAAAUUCCUCAGUUAUUUGAGGAAGGUAGUCGGAAGAUACUCAUUAUUUUAGUAUUGGCUCAUUAGCAUGAAAAAUGGACUUUCUAGAGUGUUUCUUUUUUUUUUCUUCUGUUAUUUAAACAAAUAACAUGACUUGUAAUUCGAAAUCUUCGGAUCAUGGGAUGUUCAAUUCAUCUGGUUAGAGUUCAAUAUAAAGUAGAGUCACACGAGCUUGCACUUCGUUAAAUACAUGAAUGCCUGUCCUGGUGUUAAAUUCCAUAAAAGGCAGUUACAUCUGCUCAGUUUCCAGGUAAGAGUGUCCAUGCUGGUCAGCAAAUUUAUGAUCAUGAUUUUUUAAACGUUUUACGGUAAAGAAAAUGAAAUACAGAAUGCCGCAUUUGUAUCUACGCUGUGAGGAAAUAAUGUAUAAAUUAUGUAAGUUUAUAGACGAGAACAGAAAGGUAAAAUGAGGAAGUGAAUACUUUCGCCAACACAGUCAAUUUUCUUUUAAAAACAAGUUGGAAAGAGAGAUGAGCAGUAUCCUUAUAAUCAAUCCCAGUGUGACAUGGGACUUAAGUGUGUUUUUCAUUAAACUUGGCAACCUUUCUAGGCUCAGACCAAGUUACUGAGGAAUUUCCCAAACUUUUCUACCACUCAUUUUUGCUUACUCUAAAAGUAGGCUGAAAAAUGGGACUGCCAAGAAAAACACAAUGCAUAAGAAUGAACCUCAGAAACAAUAUGCUAAAGUGAAAGAAGCCACAAAAGCCCACAUAUUGUAUGAUCUCAUUUAUACAGAGUUUCCAGAAAAGGCAAAACUAUAGACAUAGAAAGCAGAUCAGGGGUUACCUAGUGGCUGCUGAGAACAGGGAUAGAAUACAAGUGGCACAAGGAAAGUUUUUAGGGUAAUGAAAUUAUCUUAAACUGAAAUGUAGUGGUGGUUGCACGACAAUAAAUUUAGCAAAACUCACCAAACUGGAUUUUAUGAUAUAUACAUUAUAUACUAAAUCUGUUUAAAAGAGAUACUGAAGCUGGGCACGGUGGCUCACACCUGUAAUCCCAGCACUUGGGAGGCUGAGGUGGGCAGAUCACUUGAGGUCAGGAGUUCAAGAUCAGCCUGGCCAACAUGGUGAAACCCAGUCUCUACUAAAAAUACAAAAAUUACCCGGGUGUGGUGGCGCAUGCCUGUAAUCCCAGCUACUCGGGAGGCUGUGGAAGGAGAAUUGCUUGAACCCACAGAAGGCAGAGGCUGCAGCGAGCCAAGAUCGUGCCACUGCACUCCAACCUGGGUGACUGAGCAAGAGUCUGUUUCAAAAAAAUGAAUAAAUAAAAAAGAUUGAAAGAGAAACACUGUGAAUUGUGCACUGCUACCAAUGGAAGGAAAUGUAAGAAAACAACUUCCAGUGAUGGUGGAAUACUAAAGGGCACUGGGACUGGCCAUUUCAAAGGUUUCUUGAAAGGCUUUUAGCACCUUCCCCUAUAAGUUACCUCUAGCAGCUCCUGCAGAUAAACCUCAAAUAUGCACACUAAGAAAAAGCUGUACUUGCUUUGUAAGGGAACCUCAAGACAGGCCCAGCUGAGUGUGGUGGUUUACGCCUAUAAUCACAGCACUUUGGGAGGCUGAGGCAGGUGAAUCACCUGAGGUCAAGAGUUCAAGGCCAGCCUGGCCAACAUAGCGAAACCCCCAUCUCUAUUAAAAUACAAAAAUUAGCUGGGCAUGGUGGUGGGCACCUGUAAUGCCAGCUACUCAGGAGGUUGAGGCAGGGGAAUCACUUGAACCCCUGAAGUGGAGGUUGCAGUGAGCUGAGAUCAUGACACUGCACUACAGCAUGGGCGACAGAAUGACACUCCGUCUCAAAACAAACAAACAAACAAAAGACAGGCCCCCUGAUGUUUCUUUCAACAAAUGUCUUCCUGAGUACCUACUGUAUAGAUAAAUAGCAGCAGCUCUAUCCAACAGAAAUACAACGGGAGCCACAGAUAUGCGUUUCUCUUUCCAGAGAUGGGGUCUUGCUCUAUUGCCCAGGCUGGAGUGCCAUGGUGUGAUCAUAGCUCACCAGAACCUCAAAGUCCUGGGCUCAAGGCAUUUUCCCACUUUAGCCUCGUAAGUAACAGGGACUACAGGUGCGUGCCAUCAUGCCUCUAAAUUAUUUAUUUUUAUUUUUUAGAGAUAGGGUCUUGCUCUGUCACCCAGGCUGAAGUGUAGUUGGCUCACUGCAGUGUUGACCUCCCAGGAUCAAGUGAUCCUCCCACCUCAGCCUCCUGAGUAGCUGGAACUACAGGUGUAAGCCACCACACCCAGCUAAUUUUUAAUGUUUUUGUAGAGAAGGUAAGGUCUCAUGUUGCCCAGGCUGGUCUCAAACUCUUGGCCUCAAUGAUCCUUCUGCCUCAGACUCCCAAAAUGUUAGUAUUACAGGUAUGGGCCACUGCACCCAGCCAAUAUUUUAAAAUUUUCUGGUAGGCACAUUAAAAACAUAAGAAACCGGUGAAAUUUAUUUAAUUUUUUUUGAGACAGGGUCUUGCUCUGUCACCCAGGCUGGAGUGCAGUGGUGUGAUCACUUGUGACCACCUGGGCUGAAACCUCCACCCACCUCUGCUCCUGAGUAGCUGGAACUACUGGCACGUGCCACCACGCCCAGCCAAUUUUUUUGUUUGUUUUGUAGAGACAGUGACUCGCCAUGUUGCCCAGGUUGAUCAGGAACUCCAGGGCUCAAGUGACCCACCAGCCUCAGCCUCUCAAAGUGCUAAUAAGCCACCAUGCUAAGCCCAAAAUUGAUUUUAAAAUAUUUUUUUCUUGAACAUAGUAUGUUCAAAAUAUUAUUAUUUCAGCAUGUAACCAAUAUAAAAAAUUACAGAAAUGUUUUACAUUCUUUUUCCGGCUAAAUCCCUGAAUCUGAUCUGUAUCUUACAGCACAUCUCAAUUCAAACUAGCCACAUUUCAAGUACUCAGUAGGCCGGGCACGGUGGUUCACGCCUGUCGUCCUAGAACCUUGAGAGGCCGAGGCAGUCGGAUUGAUUGCCUGCGCUCAGGAACUGGAGACAAACCUGGGCAACAUGGUGAAACCCGGUCUCUACUAAAAUACCAAAAUUAGGUGGGCAUGGUGAUGGGCACCUGUAAUCCCAGCUAUUCAGCAAGCUGAGGCAGGAGAAUCGCUUGAACCCAGAAGUGGAGGUUGCAGUGAGCGGAGAUCAAGCCAUUGCAUUCCAGCCUGUGCGACAGAGCAAGACUCUGUCUCCAAAAGAAAAAACAAAAGGGCCCAGUAACCAACCUGUGGCUACUGUGUUGGUGAGUGCAGACCUAGAGGCAUCCUGACUUACUGAUGGUAAUCUAAGGACUUCAAGAUAAUUUAAAGGGAGAAUAAUUUUCAUGCAAGGUCAUGUGCUAAUUAAAAGAGAAAACAAAAAGGAUAUAUGUUAGCCUGGCGCGGUGGCUCAUGCCUGUAAUCCCAGCACUUUGGGAGGCCGAAGUGGAAGGAUCACUUGAGGCCAGGAGUUCCAGACCAGUCUGGCAACAUGGUGAAACUUCAUCUCUAUAAGAAAGGUUUAAAAAAUUAGCUGGGUGUGGUGGGACAUGACUGUAGUCUCAGCUACUUGGGAGGCUGAGGUGGAAGGAUUACCUGAGCCUGGAAGGCUGAGGCUGCGGUGAGCUGUAAUCGUGCCACUGCACUCCAGCCUGGAUGAUAGAGUGAUAGAGUGAGACUGUGUCACACAAAAAAACUAAUUUUUCAAAUGAUUCUGAGAAUUUUUUAAUGUACUUGGUGAGUUUCAUUUUCAGAUCUUGGCAGUUAAAUUGCUAUGGUCUGCUCAUAAAGCAGGUGCUGGAAAUUAAAAUUGCAGAAACGCAUUUUAAGACUCAGAAUUAUGAAGAAAUGAUUUUAACUAAGAUUAAAGGUUAUGUCCUUUAUCAGGAAACUGCAUCCUGUCCUUGCAGAAAGAUACCUGUGAUAGUCUACAGUCAUUGAUUUGAUUAUUUUUAUUUUUAUUUUUAUUUUUUCAAGUUGGAGUCUUGCUCUGUCACCCAGUCUGGAGUGCAGUGGCGCGAUCUUGGCUCACUACAGCCUCCACCUCCCAGGUUGAAGCAGUUCUCCCGCCUCAGCCUCCUGAGUAGGUGGGAUUACAGGAACCUACCAUCAUGCCUGGCUAAUUUUUGUAUUUUUGCAAGAUGUGGUUUCACCAUGUUGGCCAGUCUGGUCUUGAACUCCUGACCUCAGGUAAUCCACCCACCUUGGCCUCCCAAAGUGCUGGGAUUACAGGCAUGAGCCACUACGCCUGGCCUGAUCUUACUAUUAUAAUUAUUGAACUGAAGCACUAGAAUUAGAUGGUAGAAUUACAAAUUACAGAUAAAGACCUACAGUUUGGGAGAAUCUUGGGGUCUUUGGUGGGCUUUUUUUGACUUGGUUUGGGAGUGGGAUAGAAGUUGUCCACUUUUGGAGAAUAUGAGCACUGAAGUACAGUCAAGAUUCUUCUUAAAAAUUAUUUUUAUGUUGAGACAGGGUCUUAUUCUGUUACCCAGGCUGGAGUACAGGAGUGUGAUCAUAGCUCACUGAAACCUCCAAUUCCCGGGCUCAAGUGAUCCUCUUGCCUCGGCCUCCCAAGUAGCUGAAACUAUAGACAUGUGAUACCACAUGUGGCUAAUUUUUGUAUUUUUUAUAGAGAUGGGGGUCUCUGUAUGUUGCUCAGGCUGGUCUUGAACUCCUAGGCUCAAGCGAUCUUCUUACCUCAGCCUUCCAAAAUGUUGGAAUUACAGGCGUGAGCUACCACACCCAGCCCCAGUCAGGAUUUUUAUUCUGCAGCUUUAUUGGUGGGUUCCAAUCUGCUAUCAAUUCCAGGAGAUUCUGAUAUAUUGUACAAAGUAUUUACCAUCCAAUUCUGUCAAUUGUACUUGUAACUGACCACUCAGUUUUCUUGUAGAAUUAAAAGUGCUCUGCAGGAGCAUAGAGGAUUUUUUUUAAAGUGGCAAAGCUAUUCUGUAUGACACUGUAAUUGUGGAUUACGUAACAUUAGACAUUUGUCAAAACCCAUAGAACAUACAGCACCAGGAGUGACCCCUCAGGCAAACUAUGGACUUAAGGUGAUAGUGAUGUGUCGGCGUAGGUGCAGGGAUUGUAGCAAAUUGUGUGCUGCAGGAUGUUGAUGGGGUGGAGGCCGUCUCUGUUUGGGGACGGGGUACGCUCUACACUCUAAGCCUCUAUACUUGGAAUGCUUCUAUGAUUUCCACGUGAUUUUACUGUGAACCUAAAACUGCUCCAUAAAAUAAGGUUUAUUAUAAUAAUUGAUCUGUGGCUGUAGCAUCUGGAAAAUAUUACUUUCCCAGAAACACUGUAACUUCAACUUCUCUGUAGACCCACAAAUCUAAGUGAAACAGUAAAAAACAGCCUCAUAAAAUCAGUGGGAAGGAAGGCAGGUGACUGAUUUCUCAGUUAUUGUUGAUUCCUGGAAAUCCCCUUUGCUCAUGGCGAUCUUUUGUUUUAUCCUUCCUUUCCUUGUGUUGAAAUUACGCCCUUGGAAUGCAGGUGUUCUUACUGGGCGCAAAUGCUUGUUUUUGCUGUCUCCCCAUCUCCUCCUCUUCAUUUUCUUCUUUCUCCCCAUCUCAUACAAAUAGAUCCACAGUUGGGGGAAGUGUUGUUAUUAUUAGAUCUACUGGGAUUAUUAGGGGCAUCGCUUCAUGGCAGGACCCUCGCAAACUUCUCAGGAAAGGGGAGGAGGCCUUACCUUAGCUUUCACCCUUGGUCCCUGAAAUUAAUCCAGACCACCUCCCACUUCAUAACUCUGUCUUGCCUGCUUUGUUCUCUUACUCUGCAACCUUGGUUCAGGUUUCCCAGGUCUCUAUGAUCUGUUUUGAACAUUGGUCUCGGUCUCAACCCAUAGCCUUUUCCCAUCACACAUUCCACCUCCACCCCCAGCGCUAGGACUGGGAAGAAGAAAUACACACACCACGAUCAGCCAGGCUGCUCCUCCCCAACCCAGGUCCAGGUCUAGAUGAAUAGUCAGCCUGCAGGCUUACCUUUCUUAAGUGGGAAUAGUCAGAACUGAAUUCCCACUUCUUCAGCAUGAAGGACAGCUCUUCUUCAUAGUGAUAGGUUCCUUUUUCCAGGAGCAACUUUAUUUUUGAAUGUUAAAAAAAAAAACCCCAAACACUUCCUUUUUUAUUCAGAAACAAAGACUUUUGAGUCUCCCAUGGUUGAAAAAGAGAGAAGACCAGGCGUGGUGACUCACACCUAUAAUCUCAGCACUUUGGGAGGCUGAGGUGGAUGGAUCACCUGAGGUCAGGAGUUCGAGACCAGCCUGACCAACAUGGUGAAACCCCACCUCUACUAAAAAUUAAAAAAAAUUAGCCAAGCGUUGUGACAGUUGCCUGUAAUCCCAGCUACUCAGGAGGCUGAGGCAAGAGAAUUGCUUGAACCAGGGAGUCAGUGAGCUGAGUGAGAUUGUGCCAUUGCACUCCAGCCUGGGUGACAGAACGGGACUCUGUCUCAAAAAAAAAAAGAGGGAGGAAAAAAAAGAAAAAGAACACAAUCCCACCUCCUAACAUGCCCAUUGAUGGUUGUCUUAGUUUAGGUUCUUCCAAAUACAAAAUCUGAGGGAAAGACUUGGGUCUUGGGUAUAGACAGCUGUUUGAAAGGGGACCCUAGGAAGUAGUGCAGGAGCAGGGAGAGUAAGAAAAGAGAUAGGCAAGGAUACGAUCCACUGAUCACUGUUGCAGGCAGCCAGGCUCGCUGCUGCUGGAGACCUUCUGCAGAGUUGUGUAGAAUACAUCUCAGAAUUGUGCCUCUGAAGGGCCAGAGGCUGGGGACUUCCCCCACUCGUUUCUUCUUCCUCUAGUGAUUAGGAGUGUUGACACCGCUGUGUACUUAGUGCUGCUCUGUGUAUGGACUCAGUGAACAACCAAAGCUUCCAAUAAAACCCGAGGUAGAAAAGUUGAGGGACUGCACAGGUGCCUAGGGUGGGCGCUGCCUGUGUGCAUGGAGAAUGCCCACUCUGUCUGCAACUGAAACCCUAGUCAGGCUGAGGGGAAGUGGUCUACAGUCCAACAGCAUCUGCUGUUAUUCCCAAAUAGUGAUUUAAAACUAUCUUCUUGACCCAACUAAAAAAUAUAAAAAACCCUCAAACAUUUAAAAAUAGAAACAACCCCUUGACCUGAUAGGACUUCUGCUGCUGUUUCUUCACAUCAAGAAGAUGGAACGCUCAAAGCCAGCCUGUGCACAGUCCGGGCCAAGGCAAAGACCCCUUCUACUGGCACUCCUGCAUAUAUGUACAGUGAGCUUCACCAGCUAAAGUCAGACCAAAAAGAUGGUCAUCCAUAACCCUGUUCUCACUCUUCAUCAGAGUCUUCAAGAAAGUUGAAGUGGACAAGGCUUGGAGACAGAAUUUUUCCCUCUUGUCUGAGCUGAGGUUUUGAAAACAUUCAGAUCCAAGCUGCAAACUGGCCCAAACUGGAACUGCAGGUAUUUCCACGGUAGAGCAGUUCCCAUCGUGAUGUCUUCAAAGAUAGAGAAGAUGAGAGUAGAUGUUCUUCUUCACCGGAAAUAGCUUAUUGGGAAGAACUUAUGGGGCAACAGAAGCAUGUCUGGAUGACGGCUGAGAGCUUUGGGACUGGGCAGAGGAGAGGUUGGUUGCUUAGCAGGAAGGCCUCGCGGUGCCAUUUAUGGGAGACAUUUCAGUAUGUCAACAGAUGACCUUCUGAAACCUGUGACUCUCAGCCAGUUGUGCUGAUUCACGCCUGGUAAUCCUAGCACUUUGAGAGGCCAAGGCAGAAGGAUUGCUUGGAGCUAGGAGUUUGAGAUAAGCCUGGGGAAGACAGUGAGACCCUGUCUCUACAAAAAAAUUUUUAAAUGACUGGACAUGGUGGUGUGUGCCUGUAAUCCCAACUACUCAGGAGGUUGAGGUGAAAGGAUCACUUGAACCCAUAAGUUCAGGGCUGCAGUGAGCUAUGAUCACACCACUGCAGUCCAGCCUGGGUGACAGAGUGAAAUCCUUCCUCAAAAAGAAAUAACGAAAUAAUGGAAGUCUGUGACUGUCAAGGGUAUUUGCUUAACAUUACACCGCCUACUAUAGAAUUCCCCAGACAGCAAGAUUACUUUUUCUUUUUUUUGAAACAGGAUUUCAUUCUGGCACCCAGGCUAGAGUGCAGCGGUGUGAUCAUAGCUCAUUUAGCUCCUUUCAGCCUUGAUCUCUCAGGCUCAAGUGAUCCUCCCUCUUAGCCUCCCAAGUAGCUGGGACUACAGUUAUGUGCCACCAUGCUUGGCUAAGUUUUUUUAAAAAUUUUUUAGCAAGAGAUGAGGCCUUGCUAUAUUGCCCAGGCUGGUCUUGAAGUACAGAGCUCAAGUGAUCUUCCCACCUCAGCCUCCCAAACUGCUGGGAUUACAGACAUAAACCACUACACCCAGCCAAGAUUAUUCUUAAAAUGCAUAGACAGGCAAUUCU